CACCCACAUCGAGUACUGUGAUCAGUUUUGUCGUAUUCUUUCAUUGUUACAUUCUGGGCGCGACAUUUCUUUUCAUUCUGAACUCCCAGUCCGUGCAAAACUAGAGAACAACCCGCCGAAAAUGACUUCUUUAAAGACAGAUGGAAAUGAAAUCCAGGCCAAUGGUACCGUCCCAAAAACAGGCAUUAGAGUAAUCAUUGUCGGUGCAGGUUUUGGUGGCCUGUCCACGGCCAUAGAAUGUAUCCGUCAUGGCCACACACCUGUAAUCUACGAAUCUUUCCCCUCUCUCAAGGUUCUUGGCGACAUCAUUACUUUCGGGCCUAAUGGGGGUCGCAUCUUCGCACGCUGGAGCGACGGCCGCGUGGCGCGUGAAAUGCGCAAGGUCUCCAUCGACUUGACCAAUUAUGGUUUCAACAUUCACAAGUGGGACACUGGAGAAAUAGUAGUCAACCAAAAGACGCCGCCGCGCAAUGACGAAGCGCCCAACUUUAACGGGCACAGGGGUGAGCUUCAUGAAAUUGUUUUCGAAUAUGCGAAAGAGAUUGGUGUAGAAAUCAAUUUGGGACAAAAGAUCGAGCAUUACUGGGAGGAUGAAAAGGAAGCAGGCAUUGUGCUCGUGGACGGAACGAGAGUGGCUGGUGACAUUGUAGUGGCAAGUGAUGGUGUUAGAAGCAAAGCCCGAAAACUAGUGCUCGGAUACGAAGACAAACCAAAGAGUAGUGGUUAUGCGGUUUGGAGAGCAUGGUUUUCGAACAAAGACAUGAUUGCGGAUCCGGAGACUAAGCAGUUUUGCGAGAAUGGCGAUACAUUCAAUGGCUGGAUUGGCCCCGACGUACACUUUCUCUUCAGUACUAUAAAGAAUGGCUCGGACUGCUGCUGGGUUUUGACCCACCGUGAUUCGCAUGACAUCAAAGAGUCCUGGUCAUUCCCUGGCUAUCUCAAAGAUGUGCGCACAGUCCUUGAAGGCUGGGACCCUAUGUGCUGGAAAAUCGUCUCUAAGACACCGGAAGAAAAACUGGUGGAUUGGAAGCUUGUUUACCGGGACCCGCUGCCCAACUGGGUCUCUGGAUAUGGGUCUGCACCCGGCCAUGGUCGCAUAUGUCUACUAGGAGACGCCGCCCACCCAUUUCUGCCGACGAGUGCACAGGGCGCAACCCAGGCAUUGGAAGACAGUGUUACACUGGCAGUGCUGCUGAGGAAGGCAGGUAAAGGGAAUGUUAAAGGAGCAUUGAGAGCAUAUCAAGAUGUACGGUAUGAACGUGUGAAAGCGGUGCAGAAGACGGGGGAGACUACUAGAGAUAUGUGGCACAAGACGGAUUGGGAGAAGGUGAAGAAAGACCCUACCAUCAUACAGUUCCCAAGAGAGGAUUGGGUAUUCCUGCAUGAUGCACAGAAGCAUGCGGAAGAGGUAGGGGAUGAGGCAAUCAACAAGGCUGUGAGCGUGGCUACGUAGGUUGGGCCUAAGUCUGGCGAACGAUCUCGAUGAAAGCAAUCUUAUAAUCGCUUUUGUAAUGUUUAUUCUUAUUAAUGAAACGCAUGCAAGUAUUCUCACAUACGUUUAGGUUCACCCCAAAUUAUACAUUGUAGAGAGGCGUAGUUGCCAUAUUUUACGAACAUGAUGUGUAUAUUUUUCUAGAAAGAUGAGCAGAAAAUUUCAUAAACAGUCAAUACAGACAUAAUACAGC